UGACCCUUUUCUUUACUCCGGAUGAAAGAGAGAGAGAGAGAGAGAGAGAGAGAGAGAGAGAGAGAGAGAGAGAGAGAGACUAGGAGGUUGGAUGUCGCAGCGCUGACGUCGAGAGGAUACCUUACGUGGACGGCUUUACCGGGUGGAAGCGACCGCGGAAUCGUCGACAGCGAGAAGAGGAGGUAAUAGGAUCGUCCGUCACUGAGGUCUACCUUGCCGGCUGAGAGAGAGAGAGAAAGAGGGAGGAAGAUAGAGAUAACGAGAGAAAGAGCGAGUGAGCGAGCGAGCGAGCGAGCUAGCAGCUUGGUACACAUGAACUCCGUUUCGACUCUGACUCCUCCGUCACCACUAACUCGCGGUCGGUAAAGCGUCGAGACGACGACGGCGGCGGUGGUGAUCCGGCGAGACACGACCGUGCGCGAACGAACGGCUGGCAGUCGCGGCCUUCUGGUGGACGUGAUAAGGACGAGCGGUGCGAUCCGUUCCGGUGAACGAAGUGGUCGGUUGUACGAAGCGCGAGAAAGAGCUGCGAAGGGACGAAAGGACAGGAAGAAAGGAAACGAUUAGCGGAUAUUCCAAGGACGCGGCUACCCGAUCGAGGAAUUUCGUGCUGCGUUUAGUGCUACGUGCUCCAAUCGUUAUUUAGAAGAACCAAAGGAACUUGAGAAGAUCUAGGAGGUGAGAUAUUAAAGAAAACAAAAUCCCUGCGGAGGAGAAAGCGAACGUAAAGCAACAACGACGAGAGAAGACACGAGUCCUUGAUCAACAAUCCGGUACUACGUGGACUUGAACACGGUUGACGGUGCGGGGAAGACAGAGGGUAGCCAAAAGGAAGAAAGGAAGUAGCCGGAGUAGCGGGCCACUUGACGGGCCAUCCGGUGGUACAUGAUCGAGCUGUGUCGCGACCGACAUUGACUCCGGCUCCGUCAUAUCGAGGGAGAUUAGAGGCGACCCACGUUUUACUCGCUUCGUUCGGUAGACAACGAACGCCGGCGAAGCGACGGGGGCAACGAAAGGAGAGAGAGCUGCGAGGGGAGAGCGAGGAGAGGAGAGGAGGAUCUACUUGCUGAUCAGCGCGAACCCCGGGCGAUAAGCGGCUCCCGUCUCGAGUUGACGAGCCGCUGACUCGGCGGACACGGGAGCCGGUUGUUUCAAAGCUAUUAGUGCCCACGAUGAUUCCAAUUAUCCGCGAGUGACUUCCACAUUCGCGCGACGGUCUGUCUAACGCCCGAUCCAGUCGUUUUGCGACCACUCGUCGUGCGACCGCGCUCCGUGCCGGUUUCCUUAACGGAAACGAGGAUUCUCCCCGACUCUCUUCCACGUGUACAUUUUGAGAACUGCCGAUUCUGGAUUCUUGCUCUGGAGUGGAUAAAGUGAUCGGCAACGUUUCGAUAAAUCGGCUCGAAACGUGCGAUCGAACGCGCCGAGGUUAUCCCGGUCUUCUCCGAGCGAUCGCACGCAUCGUAGAGAUCCACCUGGAGUCUCAACUUGAUCUAUCAUUAUUAAUUGCUUCGAGGAUAAUCCGGCAGCAUCGUUCCAUCGGAUUAAUCCGUCCGGGACGAAUUUCCAGAUAAACGGACGGGGCGAUCGCCUUCCAUUCCAUCCGGGAUCGCGCUCGAUAAGCCACGAGGAUUCCCAUACGCUCGCGCUCUCGCGCGAGGCUACGCUUGAAAAUCGCUCGGUGUCGUUGCUUGACAAAACCGGUUUCGUUCGGCUCAGCGAAUCUCGGCGUUUAUACAAAGGUCGUGUGUGAGAGCGCGCCGCGCGCGCGACCGCGGGAGAGUAUGUGGUAGGAGUGAGAUUUAUGGAAAACGAAUUUACACGAGGUCACACCCACGGGAGCGGCUGUCUAUCUCUCUCUCUUUUUUUCUUGUAUCUUCGUUUCUCUCUCUCUCUCCCUCUCCCUCUCUUACUCUCUCUCUUGUCUGUCUCCUUGUAACUCGCACUCUCUCCCCCAGUUCGUCUAUCAGUUUAUCCACGCAUUCCCUCUAUUAAUAAUAACGACGAAGCCGAUACAGCCGAGAAUCGUCGACCGGAUCACGUUGAAGAAUCCUUGAAGGAACGAGAUCUCGAUCGCAAGAGAGUCUGAUGUCGCUCUGAUAUCGACCAACCGAAUAAAUAUGCCACAUUCGCGGCGGCCUUGAAGAAAUUUUCUUCGGGCCGACAGUCACCGUGCGCAGGAUCAGCGAACUCGAGAUAACGGCCGGCGACGAAGCGCAGGGGAAUUUAUAGGGCGGCUCAUCAUGCUAGCGACCUUGAGUAUCCAGGUGUCUCCGAUGAUUGAGAAUCGCGAUCGAUCGAACACGUAACUACCGGACGGCGAAUCUCAGAGAUCUUCGAAGGAUGUCGGGGGACUUGGGUGGCCCACGGGAGGAGCAGGACUCGUCGCCCGGGUCGAAUAGCAGCAACGCUGCGUCAGUUGCGAGGAAAUCAUCGGCGAGGAAAAUUUAGCUGUCUUGCCACGAGCACUUGCUUGAUGAUCGGUCACGGCAACGAUGAAGCGUGCGACGAGCGCAUCCGUUGCGGCCGCCACGGCCGCCGCGACGCAAGUGCAUCACCAGGCGAGGAUCCAGGAGUUGUUCUCUCCCGGAUCAGUGCCGACGGCGGCGGCGACGACGACGACGUCGACGACGACAAUGACGACGACGACGACGACGACGACGACGACGUCGACGAACGCGAAUACGACGAUCGUCGGCGGUGCCUGCACGGACGAGCUGGAUAAGCAAAUCACAACGAUGUCUUCCCGGCUCGAGUCAAAAGGCUCACCGAAGAUUAGUCCCGGAACGGGCGAUGACAGCAAGGCUAAAUCUACGGUAAUGUCGCGAUUGUUAGCCGUCGAUUCCGACAAUUACAUGCUGCGCAAGGCCGCCACAACGGCGACGACGGCAGCUACCAACGGCGCCGUGGCGCCGUCGUCUACCACCUCAUCGUCGUCGUCAUCGUCGAAUAGUUCCGCGAGCAUGCAGCUGCAACGGCAGAUGCAGAGUCUCGCCAUCGGAUCGGCUACCGCGCCGUCGAUCCUCGCAACGUACGGUAACGGCACUGACCACGUUGUCGGUCAGCUGUACGACGUCACGCGGGCAACGUCCAGAUCGACGGCGACGUACGUGUCGCCCAGGUGGUACACCACCAGUAAUAAUAAUCAGCCGACGAGGCAGCAUCGGGAAGGAACCGCGGCGGCGACUGCGACUGCGACCGCGCAACUCGAGGAGCAAUCCUUGCAGCAGUUGCAGCUGCAAUCGCGUACGGCGACGUCGACGCGCGAUGACGCGACGACGCCCGCAGCGUCGACGGCGGACGGUGUCGAGAGCGAGCUCGGUUUCACGAGGCCGGUGUGCGCGAGACCGGUGUCUUUUCAUCGAUACAUGUGUUGGUGUAGCGCGCAACAGCAGCAGCUGCAACUGCAGCAGCAGCAGCAGCCUGCUGUGGCGGAGGGCGUCGACGCGAACUCCUCGAUCGGUCGCGCGAAGGGUGGCAGGGGCUCAGCCACCCACGAAGGGUUGGCAACGAGACGAACUGUGCGCGAUGAUAAUAGUAGUCUAUGUUGCUGCAUGUGCGGUUCUCUAUGUCCUGCAGAGUGCCACGCGUGCUUCCACAUCGUGUGCUCGGACUACAGCGGCCAGCACCUGUGCAAAUGGACUACCAAGGGUCACGCGCUACCGGGCCAGGUUCACGACAAGGACAAGCCUGUCAGUGAGUGGACGUCGUUGAACGUAGUUGAAUGGAUGUCAGCCCUAAAUCUAUACCGCUAUGCGGACGUCUUCAAAUCGAAGGACAUUAAAGGCAGCGAUCUGCUUCAUCUGGAUCGGGAAAAGCUCAUGAAUAUGGGUAUAAAAGAUGAAUUUCAUCAGAGGAACAUUUUGGUGUGCAUCGAGGAACUCUGCAAAACGUUGCCACCGCCUCCGGUGGCGAUGGAGACGAUGGUUUCGACGCUCAACACGACGACGCCGACAUCCAGCGUCGCCGUCGAAUCGGCCUGUUCCCUCGGAGUCAACUAUUCGGGCAACAACCUGGCCAAUAACGCGCACAACCUCGUGCCGCACAGCUUCAGCGUGUUGGAGAAGUGCGGCAAAUGCCAUAAAUACCUCAGGGGCCUCUUACAUCAGGGCUUCCUCUGCCAAGAUUGCGGGCUGGUCUCUCACAGGACGUGUUCAGCGACGGGUUUACCUUCCAAUUGCAUAUCGGUCGACUCGGACAAUCGUAUCAGCAGGUUUACUUCAGUGUUCGGCCUCGCGCUGUGCUCGCAAUUCGACACCGCCAGCCGUGCGGCGCCGAUUCUGGUGGAGCGAUGUACCCGCGCCCUCGAGGAGCUGGCGUUCGCCGACACGACGUUGGACCUCUACAAAGUUUACCACAGCAGCCCACCUAAUGAGCAGAUCCCCGAACUGCGACAGAAGCUGAACGAAGAUGUCUGUAACGCGGAUUUAAGCCCGUAUACUCCCCAAUGUAUCGCCAGUGUCUUGAAAAAGUUUUUACGUGAAUUGCCAGACCCAGUAAUCCCGGUGCAAUGGUAUGACAGAUUUCUGGAUGCGUCGAAUAUGAGAAGCGAUGAGCAGUGCGCGACGCGUCUCAAUCAAUUAGUAGCGGAGCUACCGGAGCAUCAUCGUAGCACAUUGUGCCAUUUGAUGGCACAUUUCUGUCGCAUCUGCCAGUUGCAGCACGGAAGGGGCUACACGGAACCACCGACCAUCCUCGUACAAGUUCUCUGUCAUAUAUUUCUCAGGCCACCCUGGGAGCGAAUCAUCCAAGUUGUUCACAACACGGAGGCACACAUACGCAUAAUGGAAUUGCUACUAUUACACGGCGAUUGGAGCGAGAGGCUACCGGAGUUUGCCAGUCCCCCGCAAUUGCCGCCACGUAAAGUUUCGAGACCACAGUUUCCGAUUUUGGAUCCGUUCCCGGUUCUUGAAGACGAAGCUGUAGACAAAACGGCACCUGGUGCGGAUACUGGCAAGGACCAACAACCGCAUAGGCCACGCACGCUACAGGAAGCUGAAUGGUAUUGGGGUGAAAUCACGAGGGACGAUGUAAACGAGAUGAUGAUCGACUCGCCGGAUGGCACUUUUCUGGUACGCAAUGCGUCUUCCAAGGGUGGCGAGUACACUCUAACGCUGCGUAAAGGCGGGACCAACAAACUCAUCAAGAUCAGUCAUCGAAAUGGAAAAUAUGGAUUUUCGGAUCCCUAUAACUUCCACUCGGUCAUUGAGCUGGUCGACUACUAUAGGAACUGCUCGCUCGCACAGUAUAAUUCGGUGCUGGAUAUUAAGUUGCUUUAUCCAGUGUCGCGAUUUCAACAGGAUGACGAGAUCGCAAAUACGACCGACAUGGCAAAAGUCAGGCAGAAAUAUUUCGAGUUAGAUAAAGAUAUAAAUGAUACAAUCCGGCAGUAUCAACAUUGUUCGGAUUUGUACGGCAAAACGGCCUACGAAGUUCAGUUGAAGCGUAAUGCAUUGGAAGCCUUCACAGAGGCCAUCAAGAUGUUUGAGGAACAGAUAAAGUUGCAAGAAAGGUGCAAGAUAGAAGCCCAACCUCAUGAGAUUUCUACUUUGACAGACAAUUCAGAAUUGUUGAAGCGAAGACUGAAGGCCUUAGAAGAUAGCAAAGAACAACUGGAUGAGAGUCUGAAACAACAGAUCGCCUACUAUAGAACCCUUGAGAGAGAAAUGUACAAGCUGAAGUCAGAGAUUGGAGUACUUGUGCGGCAAAAGGAUCGCCAUUCUCAAUGGUUAAAGAAGAAUGAGAUAAAACAGAACAAAGAGGAGGUGGACUUUGCAGUUCAUUCCGAUGAGAAAACGUGGCUGUUUUUGAAAGGUUCUCGUUCUGAUGCUGAUCUUAUUCUAAAGGGCCGGCCCGAUGGUACCUUCCUUGUUCGUCGAUCGAGAACUGGCCAGUACGCACUUUCUAUAGUGUGUAGCGAUACGGUACAGCAUUGCAUAAUAUACGCCACCGAGCGCGGUUACGGCUUCGCCGAGCCAUACAACAUUCACGAGACCUUGAAACACCUAGUGCUGCACUAUGCUCAGAAUUCUUUGGAGGAACAUAACGAGUGCCUGACCACCACUCUGGCCUAUCCCGCGUUUGCGCCGCCUGCAGCGCUAGCGCAACUACAGGCCCAGCAAAAGCAGUUGCAGAUCCAUAUUCAGAAUCAAUCAUCGUUCGCGCGACCGCCGCAUGAGAAUCAGCUCGUCAUGCCGCAUACAUAAUAUUGGCCUGUCGAGCGUCGCGAUCCGGAUCCGCUCGAGUCUGAGUACGUUCACGCACGCGCGCACACCCACACGUGAGUUCUGCUGCUACAAGCAUCAUUCGCCGACGUGAUCGACAGAUCGACUAUAUCACGUGAGCCUUCCUUGACGAAUUCGAACACACGUUUCGUUGUGAGAUAAAACGCUCCUUCGUUCGGAACGUUUCCUAAAAUCGCGUACAAUAAUUAUAUGUAUGUUUCACAGUGAGAGGAAAUAAUCUCACGCGAAAUAUCGUGAAAGCACGCAAUGUAAUAUCGGUUGCUUAAUCAUCAUCGAAUGAUAGGUAGGUCUCCGUAAGAUCUCCGAAAAUACGGAGCACUUUGACGAAGUGUAUAAUAGCCGUAACGAUAAUAAUCCUAAGAGAUACUAGCGAUAGAAUUAGAUAUAUACGCGUUAUCGCGAUACGAUAAUGAUCGCUUCGAAGCAGAAGUUCCCAAACGGCGCGUCGCGCAUCCUGAUAAAACGCGAUUUAUAUCCAGAAGAAUAUAGAAGCAAGAU